GAGAGGAAGUGGUCGACGCCGCUGGCCAAGCAACUGGCGGCCGCCAUCGAGACAACCGGCCCCGUGCCCCUGGCCAGCUACAUGCGCAUGUGCCUGACCGCGGACAUCGGCGGCUACUACACGGGCGCCAUCGAGGAGGGCCGAGACCAGUUCGGCCUCAAAGGCGACUUCGUCACGUCGCCCGAGAUCUCGCAGGUCUUUGGCGAGCUGUGCGGCAUCUGGUUCGUGGCCGAGUGGAUGGCCCAGGGCCGCCAGAGCCAGGGCGUCGAGCUGAUCGAGGUCGGGCCCGGCCGCGGCACGCUGAUGGACGACAUGCUGCGGACCAUUCAGCGAUUCCCCGCCAUGGCCAGCAGCAUCGAUGCCAUAUACAUGGUCGAGGCCAGCCCGGCGCUCAGGAUGGCGCAGAAGAAUCUGCUCUGCGGCGAGAACGCCCCUAUGACCGAAUCCAAGGUUGGCUACCACAGCGUGUGCAAGUACAACGCGCUGCCAAUCGUGUGGACCGAAACCAUUAAAUCCAUCCCUAUGGCUCCCGAGAAGAUGCCCUUCAUCAUGGCCCAUGAGUUCUUCGAUGCCCUCCCGAUCCACGCCUUCCAACUCGUCUCGGUGCCGGCAACCCAACGCAACCCCCCGGCCCCAUCCGACACCGCCUCGCCCUCCACCAAGACCUCCCACCCAACCCUCGAAUGGCGCGAGAUGCUCGUGUCCCCGACCCCUCCCGGAUCAACACACGACUCCCUGCGCACGCCGCCCUCCCAAUCCCGCGAUACCCCGCCCCCCGAUUUCCAACUCACCCUCGCCAAAGCCCCGACCCGCCACUCGCUCUACCUUCCCGAGUCCUCCCCGCGGUACCGCGCGCUCAAGACCGGCAGCACCAGCCCGACCGGGCACCCGACCCCAGGCGCGCUCCUCGAGAUCUGCCCCGACGCGGCGCUCUACGCAGCCGACUUCGCCGCGCGCAUCGGCGGCUCGGCGGCGCACCCGAAGCCGCGGCCGUCCGGCGCGGCGCUGGUGCUCGACUACGGGCCGGGCGACGGGUCCGUGCCGACCAACUCGCUGCGCGGCAUCCGCCGCCACCGGCGGGUCAGCCCGUUCGCGGAGCCGGGGCUGACGGACCUCAGCGCGGACGUGGACUUCGCCGCGCUCGCCGAGGCCGCCGUGCGCGCCAGCCCGGGCGUCGAGGUCCACGGCCCCGUCUGCCAGGCCGACUUCCUCGAGCUCAUGGGCAUCGCCGAGCGCGUCGGCGUGCUGUGCCGCGCCGCCGCGGCGCGGGGGCACGGGGACAAAGCCGAGGCGGUCCGCCGGGCGUGCAGGAGGCUGGUGGAUCGCGGCCCGGGUGGGAUG